GGGGCGGGCAAGGCCUACGUCUGCCCACUGUGCGGCCGCGGCUUCACCCAGUCGUCCAACCUGUCGCGGCACAAGAGGAGCCACAGUGCCGAGCGGCCGUGCACCUGCCAGGUGUGUGGCAAGGGCUUCCUGUACCCCUCGCAGCUGAAGACCCACAUGCUGGGCCACAGCGGCGAGAAGCCGCACUCCUGCCCCCACUGCGGCAAAGCCUUCUCCCGCAUGUCGGGCCUGCUGACCCACCAGUGGGUGCACACCGGCGAGCGGCCCUACAUCUGCCCGGUCUGCGGCAACGGCUUCACCGACCCCUCCAGCCUCAGCGUCCACCGACGGGGUCACACCGGUGAGCGGCCCUACGUCUGCGCCGACUGCGGCAAGGCCUUUGCCCACUCCUCCACCCUCCUGGCCCACCAGCGGGUGCACACGGGCGAGCGCCCCUACGUCUGCCCGGACUGCGGCAAGGCCUUCACCCAGUCCUCGGUGCUGGUCGCUCACCGGCGCCUGCACACGGAUGAGCGGCCCUACGUGUGCGCCAUGUGCGGCCGGGCCUUCGCCCAGUCCUCCUCGCUGCUCACCCACCAGCGGGUGCACACCGACGAGCGCCCCUUCGCCUGCCCGGUGUGCGGGAAGCGCUUCCGCUGGCUCUGCAACCUCCAUACCCACCGGCGUACCCACACCGGUGAGCGCCCCUUCGCCUGCCCGCUGUGCGGCAAGCGCUUUGUGGACUCCGGUAACCUGCAGGCCCACCGGCGGCUGCACGCGGGAGCCAAGGAAUUCUCCUGCACCGUGUGCGGCAAGGCCUUUGUCCAGCAGGCGGCGCUGCUGGUCCACCACCGGGUACAUACCGGCGAGCGGCCCUAUGUCUGUGCCAUCUGUGGCCGCGGCUUCGCCCUCUCCUCCACCCUCGCCAUCCACCGGCGCCGCCACACCGGGGAGCGGCCCUUCGUCUGCUCCGUCUGCGGCAAGGGCUUCUCGCAGUCCUCCGCCCGCCUGAAACACCAGCGGGUACACCUCACCGAGGGAGCCGCCCGGGAGCCAGCCUCGUGAUCGCUCCCUGCCUUCCCCUCCCACACCCACCCUCUAACCGACAGCCUCCCGCCAGCAGCCCAGGAACAAACACAAAGUCCCGAGGACAGGGGGAGGGCUCGGCUGGAUUGGGAAAUCCCAGAUGAGUUGGAUCAUCAGGUCUUGGAGCAAAAUCCGGGUGUGCUCUGCUGAUGGAUUCCUGGCUGCUGUGUCUCCCAACUCCCUUCUCCUGCUUUCUCCCGGUAACCCUCAUUCAUGUCUCUCUCUGUCACACACACUCAAUCACCUGCUGCCCCCGCCACUCCCUCACUGUGCCCUCAGGUCCCGGUCUCUCCCGCUGUGGGGGGGGUAACAUCUUCUCCAUGCCCACUCUCCCCUGGAUCAUCCCCUCACUGUGCCCUCGGGUCCCAGUCUCUCUCGCUGUGUGGGGGUAACAUCUUCUCCAUGCCCACUCUCCCCUGGGUCAUCCCCUCUCCGUGCCCUCGGGUCCCAGUCACUCCCGCUGUGGGGGGGUAACAUCUUCUCCAUGCCCACUCUCCCCUGUGUCAUCCCCUCACUGUGCCCUCGGGUCCCGGUCUCUCUCGCUGUGGGGGGGUAACAUCUCCAUGCCCACUCUCCCCUGGGUCAUCCCCUCACUGUGCCCUCAGGUUCCCAGUCACUCCCACUGUGGGGAGGGUAACAUCUUCUCCAUGCCCACUCUCCCCUGGAUCAUCCCCUCACUGUGCCCUCGGGUCCCGGUCUCUCCUGCUGUGGGGGGGGUAACAUCUUCUCCACGUCUGCUCUCCCCAGGUCUCUGGGUAUGCUGUCUGUUUCAAUCAAAUCCCUCCCCCAUCGCCAGGAUCCUUCCCGUAAACCUCCGGACGCCUCCCCGAAGCCAGCACCCCCUUCCUGAGAUACAGGGUCCGUAACUGCUGACAGUAUUGCAAAUGCAGUCUGCGCUGAGCCUUAAACGCGUAUUCCUGCCCAUCUGCAUCUGCCUUCCGGGCUGCACGUUAACCCGAGGAGAAUCCCGGACCAGGAUCGCCUCCCCCUCCACUUCGGAAGGAGAGUCACGUUGGACUGGAAAGCUCGACCCUGCCCACGUUCCUCUCCCCUUGUGAAUAACACACAGAGCAUCCCCAGUGCCCUCUGAUCUCCCAACACCCACAAGUCUCUGCCUCACACUACGGUGAGCUUACACCCGGAUGUUCGAGUCGGUCAAGGGUUGGGGCUGGGGUGACCAGAAGUGAAAUUAUCCGGGAUGAGGGAAGCCCUUCCAAUUAGUCGGAACGUUUGGAGCGGCCAAGGGACUUGGGAAUGGGUGGGAGACUGGUCCAUGCAACACAGGACGCCAGCACAUGGUGGCAGGUGAGAGUGUCAGUGCCAGGAGAUCUCACUGCCACUGUACCAGGUGCUGGUGGGACCACACUGUCAGCAGUUUUGGGGCCCCUUGUUUCUUCAAGAAAAGAUGUGACUUUACCAGAGGCAGUUCAGAGAAGUUCCCCAGGAUGUCCCCUGGUCUGGAGGGAUUGUGUUCUGAGCACAGGUUGGCACCCGACUCUCGGGGAUUUGGGAGAACAGCAGGUGAUCUCAUUGAAACCUGUCGAGUUCUCACGGGGUUUGACAGGCUCAGUGUGGAGAGAAUAUUCCCCACCAUGGGAGAAUCUAGGAAGAGAGGACCUCGUCUCAGAAUGAGGGGGCGUCAAUUUGACCAGAGUUCUUGGGAG